UUCAAUUGAAUAAAAUAAACUUUAAGUUCACCAUUUUUUUGUUCAACCCUUUAAGUUUACCAUAAAGAGAAGAUUUUCCUUCAUAUUUUCUCUCAUGGACAGCUGCUUAUUUCAAGAAAUAAAAAUUAAAAUUAAAUGCUUUUGUGUUUAGUCAGAAAAUGAAAAUUUGGGAAAGUAUUGUCAGCGGAGCAGCAACAAGGCCCCCACAAUCAUAACAUUGAAUGGCCGGAUCUGCGGUAUAAACUCUCUUCUUCUUCUUUUAACUUGCGCCUAGCUGAUACAGUAUUUAGCUAUAAGGUUAAACCGUAUUUUAUUUCCACUUAGAAGUUUUCCUCUCAUAUCAUAUCAAGAACGUCUUCCUUAAGAAUAGAUAAUGUUAUUUGUUACCUUACUCAUGCAUUUCACAUUAUAUUGCUGUUUAUAAGACUAGAAAUUUCGAAUUUCAAAUCCAUAAUUUUUUCCUGUUCGAGUUCAACUUUUAUAAGUCGGUUUUUGAGAAUAAUAGUUGACCAAAUAAGGUUUAAAUACAAUGACUAACUUCUUUGCAUUUCUUGUAGACUAUCAACAUUUUGGUUGUGUUGUUUGUUUUGUUUGAUGGACGUAUAAUAUUUCCUCUGUUUUGUAAAAUAUGUCACUUUCACACUUUUUACAUGAUUAAAAAAUAAUUAAAAUCUAUUUAUGUUAUUAUUAAUUUUACAUAUUUAUUUUAGGUAAAUAAAUUUUUAUAAUAUCAAUGCAUUUUGUAAUCAAAUUAAGUUGAAAAUAAAUAUAAAUUAUAUUAAAAUUCUAACAUGGCAUUCUUUGUUUAACAGAAAAAUGUCAAAAUAACAUUUUUGUGAAACAGAAGAAAUAGUAUAUACUACUUGUUUAUAAAAUAUUACAUAAACUAAGAUUAAAACAAAUUUAAAUGUUGCAACGUUUUACAUGUUCAUCAAGGAAAAAAAACAUGUUCAUCAAGAAAUGUGAAUGUUUGUUAUCAGUUACAGUCAUUUGCUAAACCUGCCAUGAGACUAGACAUUGCCAAAAAGAUCAAGAAAAAAAAACAAAGUAUAUACGUAUAUAUAUAAGUCUACUGUAAAUUGGAGAUGAUUAAAUUUAGUCUCAUGUAUGGUUAUGAAAAGAAUCGAUCUCGUUAGUAACGACUUCUUUGCUCAUCAAUCACCAUCAAACUAUAGUAUAUAAUAACAGAAAGAGGAAAACUGAAGGUGAGUUGUCAUACUCGAAAUAGCAAAAGCUCCUCCAAGCCAACGAAAAGUUUUCCGUAAUGCAACAACAACCACUUACCUUUCCCAUGCAAACCCUAAUUUUCGCAUCCUCUCUCAUUUGUCUCUCUUUCAUCCUCCCUCUAAGCCAAUCUCCACCGCACAUUCUGUAACUCCCACCUUUCUCCUAUGGAGGGGCCACGGCUUCCUCCUUCCGCCACCUUCCAUGAAUCCGACGAUGACAAACCCGACGAUCCUCCUCCAACCUGGCACCGUCCAACCUCAAGUCUCUCCGCAUUGCCAUCUCAAGAUCCUCCAUCACACCAUUGGCGUAAUCAUUCUCUUAAUCUCUCCCCAAUCCUGGACACACCUUCCCGGUUUCUUCCUCCUCAGGAUUCAAUCCCUGAGCUAGAGACUUACGUUGUCCAGGUACCAAGAGAUCAAAUCUAUUGGACUCCUCCUCCGGAGCACGCAAAGUACGUCGAGAAACUCCGUAAUAACCCGGAGAGAAACAAAAAGAAUGGGUGUUCUAAACGUCUUAUGUGGUUCUUUAUCAUCUUGAUCGCUUUUGGAUCCAUCCUCGGUGCCAUCACUCUCAUCCUUCAUCUCGUUUUCAACCCCGCUCUUCCCAUUUUUGCGGUUGAGCGAUUAAAUGUAAAAACAAGUAGUUUCGAGGUCACGUUGAGAGCAGAGAAUCCCACGUCCAACAUGGGGGUGAGCUACGUAAUGAAACCAAACGGUGUCGUUUCGUUAACGUACAAGAACAAGAGACUAGGACGCGGGAAAUUCCCAAAGAUGUUCCAGGCCGCGUCUGGAUCCGACAAGGUCAAUGUAAAGCUCGAUGGAUCGACCAAGAACGCGGUUAUGCCACCUCGGGGAUCAAAACAAGCGGUGAGUUUGGUGCUGAAGAUGGAGCUAAAGGCGGAUUAUGAAGCAGGACCGGUGAAGAAGAACAAGGAAGUUGUGGUGACUUGUGAUGUUAAGGUUAAGGGGUUAUUAGAUGCCAAGAAGGUGGAGAUUGUGUCGGAGAAUUGUGAGAGUGAGUUUAAGGACUGACACUCUCUCUUAUAUAUAUUUUUCUUCCUUAUACAUAUAACGUGAUUAUGUCGUUAGAUCUACAGUGUGCUUAAAUAAUUUAUUACUUUCGAUGUAAUGCUCAAUUGUUCAAUUUUUGUUUCUUCCUCAAAUAUCUUUGUUUUUUAGUCAAUAUUAUUGAGCGACAAAAAAA